UAAGGAUUCCAGUGUGAGCCCAAGUCUUUGGCUCAGAAAGGUAAAAAAUUCGAUACCUCGAUGUGCCAUCGAUAGUUUCGCAGCUCUACUUUGCGAUCAAACUGAAUAUAGCGACUGAAAUCGGGGUCGCUCUGUUUUCGUGCAGAUUAGCUUGGCAAGAUUGAAUUAAGAGUCGAUAUACAAAUGUCCAGCAACAACACGGACACCGGGGACACAACCAUCAUGGCCACGGCUACCUCCUUGCAGCAGGAUUUCGAGGCCGGCGGAGAGGAGCUGCUGCCCCGAGAAUCGCUGAUAACCACUGCAGUAAGCUUUCUACAGAACACGAAAGUGCGCCACACGACGCUUAUCCAAAAGCAGCAGUUCCUGCGGUCCAAAGGUCUCACGGCCCACGAAAUCCAGUUGGCUUGCGAGCGGGCCGGCGUCUUCACCCAGGACCCCAACAAUCUGAAUCCCAGUCCGAAUACAGUGAUCAGCAUCGGCUCCCAGUUGCAGGCGUUACAGCCGCAACCGACGGUCUUUGGCCGGAUCCGCGAGAUCAUCCAUUCGACGGCCCUUUUCAGCGGAGUGGUCUAUGCGGUCUACCUCUUCUGGAAGAAAUACAUUGCACCCUAUCUGUUUGGCAAGCCGAAGAAGAAGCCGGUCGACGAAGUCCUGGACGACAUUGACAAGAAGGUGGAGACGCGCACCAACGACCUCAAUAAGGAGAUCUCAUCGGUCAGGGAUCUGAUCACCAGCCAGCAGAGGGAACAUGCCCAGCAGCUGAACCGCGAGUUUAGCAACUUCCGCAGCGAUCUGGACGCCAUCAAGGGUCUGCUGUUAAACCGCAAACAGUUUGCGGGCCCAGUGGCCCCGCUGGCAGUGCCAUCCAUUCCCGCCUGGCAGUUGGCCGGCUCUCCGCAUCAUCACCACCGGCACAGCGGGUCGGACGACAAUGAGAAGGGCGAUGAUGCUGGCUCCGGAUCCGGAUCAUCGGAGACCGAGGUGGUCACCAAGAAUAGUGACUCCAGCUUGGAGAUCAUGUAACGUACUAGUUGGAAUACGAGGCUGGCUAUAUAGAUGUAGUAUAUAGUUAAGCUGCAGAACGUUUGUAAAUUGAGUUUGCCCUUUAAUGCCUUUAAGACUUUUUGGUUUUUUGCUUUGCGUUUAUAGCAUUUAAGUUUUUUUUAUAGUCAACAGCUAAUCCAUAUCCAAAAGUACAUACACACACUCACAUAUACACACUUAUGCGAUACGAUGUCUAUAUAAUGUAAUAAUAAAAAUGUUUACAUAAUAACAGGUUUGAAUUUAAAGAAACUGUUUAAUAAGCGCAAAAA